GAGAGGCGGCGGCGGCGCAGGCGACGGGGAGGCGGCGGCGACACCAUGUCAUCCCCCAGUCCGGGCAAGAGGCGGAUGGACACGGACGUGGUCAAGCUCAUUGAGAGUAAGCAUGAAGUUACAAUCCUGGGAGGACUCAAUGAAUUUGUAGUGAAGUUCUAUGGACCACAAGGAACACCAUAUGAAGGCGGAGUGUGGAAAGUUAGAGUGGAUCUUCCUGAUAAAUACCCUUUCAAGUCUCCAUCUAUAGGAUUCAUGAAUAAAAUUUUCCAUCCCAACAUUGAUGAAGCGUCAGGAACUGUGUGUCUAGAUGUAAUUAAUCAAACUUGGACAGCUCUCUAUGAUCUUACCAACAUAUUUGAGUCCUUUUUGCCCCAGCUGUUGGCCUAUCCUAAUCCCAUAGACCCUCUCAAUGGUGAUGCAGCAGCUAUGUACCUCCACCGACCAGAAGAAUACAAGCAGAAAAUUAAAGAGUACAUCCAGAAGUACGCAACGGAGGAGGCCCUGAAGGAGCAGGAAGAGGGCACUGGGGACAGCUCAUCAGAGAGUUCUAUGUCUGACUUUUCGGAAGACGAGGCCCAGGACAUGGAGUUGUAGUAGAAAAAGCGCCUGCUUUUCAGAAAGACUAUUAUUUCCUAACCAUGAGAAGCAGACUAUAAUAUUCAUAUUUAAACAAAGCAAUUUUUUUUAUUACUAAACAAGGUUUUUAUGAAUAAUAGCAUUGAUAUAUAUAUAUUAUAUAUCACCCUUUAGAUCUUGAUUUCUUGGUCAUUUCUCAACCUGAGGUGCAUAGCAUAUUCCCACAUUCCAUUUUGGUAGCAAUAUGCAGUCUGAAUGCAUGCAUUCAUAAGUCCAUUUGGCCAAGGCAGCCUGUGUGCUACUGAAUGUCACAUAGCCACUCUGAUGGGUAGAUAAGAGUAAAACAGGAAAAGUUGCUUCUUUUUAUUGAUGGUUCCAAAGAAACAAACCAAACCAACCAGCUCUUGGAUGUGACGAUAGAAUAGUUUUUUCAAGUUGGAAAGGAAAAAAUUGGGGAGGAAGAAGCCUGCUUUGGGAACGUGUAGAGCCAGCCACGUACAAAUCAGCGGCCCUUCCUGUGAGUCCUAAGUGGGCCAUUUCUGUGGAGUAUCAUUGUAAAGCAGGGAGCCAAUUGGAGAAUUGAGAAAACAUUUUUGACUGAAUUUAAGUACAUUUUAACAAGUAGAUUCCUGCCCUUCAUGCUACCAAACCUGCAGCCAUCGCAUUGUGCAUUGAAGAACCUUUUGGAAGUAUUUUCUGAACCUGAUUCUUUUUCUUGGGGACAGCUUGUGAUCCAGACUUUUUUUUUUUUUUUUUUU